AAUCACAGUAAACAUUAAGAACUAGUUUGCAAGAGAGAAGCGAACCCAUGAAUUCCUCCAGCUUAGCCUUAGCGUUGGUUUGUGCCAUGGCCUUGCGCAUGGUCGGUACCACAAUUGCCCAAAACUCCCCCGAAGAUUUUGUUAGCGCCCACAACGCAGCCCGGGCAGCCGUCAACGUCGGCCCGGUGUCAUGGGACAGCACCGUGGCGGCCUACGCCCAGAACUACGCGAACCAGCGGAUCGGAGACUGCAAGCUCGUCCACUCCGGCGGGCCAUAUGGCGAGAACCUCGUCGGGGGACCCGGUGCCGAGGUCACGGCUGCCGACGCUGUGAAGUUAUGGGUAGGUGAGAAGCAGUGGUAUAACUACAACAGCAACACUUGCGCCGCUGGGAAGGUGUGCGGGCACUACACCCAGGUGGUGUGGCGUGCCUCGACCAGCAUCGGCUGUGCUCGUGUGAAGUGCAGCGGUGGUGGCAUCUUUAUCACCUGCAACUAUAAGCCUGCCGGCAACAUCGUGGGGCAGCGCCCGUAUUAAUUAGACGUGGUCUUCUCAUGCUAGGGAAAGUAUUGUUAUAGUAAUAAUUAAGAAAUAUGGUUUAGAAAAUAAGAAGUGGAAUAAUGGUUCCUUGGCAUGCAUGAGGACGUUUGGGAUUCGAGAACUUGUCAUGAUCCUUGUUGUCAAUGAAAUGAAAAGGUUUGGGUGAUGUUGUGGGAACAUACACUGAGAAGAAGAUGCAGUACUAUUGUUAUAUUGGACGAUGUAAACUUUAAUAAAACAUGCUGUAACGAAGUAACGCCCAUGCACGGUGUCUUUGGCAUA